AAAGAAAAUCCCGUCACGUAAUUGCAUAUCAGAGAGCCAGUCUGAAGAGUCCGACAUACAAUCCCAAGAAGAAUCGGAGGAAGACGAUGUUAAAGAUGCCAACUGGUUUCGAGGCACUGAAGAAAUGACACAGGAGUCAGAGGAGGAAGAAAGGGAGACAAACGUCAUCCUCUCAACAUCUCAGAAAAAUGAAUUGCAGAAGGAAGUAAAAGUAGUCCUCAAAAGGCUUUCAGAGUUACAGACCACGAGAGAUUGUCAGCCCAGCGGCACGAAGCAUCCACUAGAAGACAGCUGGUGUAAGCCAUUGGACGGGGAUGCAGACAGUGAAGAGGAGAGAGAGCACAGCUGUUUGACAGCAGAUGACCCCAUUGAUCCCUCACACAUAUCAGACCCACCCAUUGUUUGGGGACAAAGUAAUGAAAGAAAAGAUGGACACAGAGACAUCAAAACUGGAACUCCUCUGUCUGCACCAGUUGCCUCAGCCCCCGACAUCCAACCUGAAAUCCUGAACAAACCUGAAGACAUUGGCUCAACCAGCAAUCACACUGCCGAACUCCGACCCUCCACUGUUCUCUUACUCACACAGGGAACCAAAAAUAUCAGAGAUGUUGCCACAAACACAGAACCCGUUCAGAGAGAUACCACCUCCUCUGGCCAUGAUGCAGCACUAUUGAAAGUGAUCAAAACAGAGAAAAGGUUUCCCCAAGCCUCAGACAGCACUCAGCCCUCCGACACAGUGGAGGGUCGAAUCUCCACCCAGUCUAAUCUGGAUACAAUGGACAUUGACCAGCUGAAGAGAGAGAAAAUAAUAAUGCAACUAAAAGUUUUAAAGUUGCAAGAUGAAUACUACACUCUGAAAAUUAAGGAACUCAAAAAAUGAAAUUCUUUUCAUUGGAAUCUAACUGUUAGGUUGACAGUUUGGACAAACUUGUGUGGUGCAGUCGAAAUUCCCACACAUUGCAUUAUUAUCACUUACAUUAAUUACUACUGAUAAACUUCCGAACUGAAUACAAUUGUGUUGGCUAGUUUUAAAG